AUGGGUCUCAGUACCACCAGGCUGGCAGUUACCCUUAUCCAAGCCUCGGCUUCCUUAUCUGUAAAAUGGGAAUAUAUCUCCUGUGUGAUUGUGGUGUUUGUUCAGGUAGUAACUGAAUACCACCUACCUUCACAGAUCUUCAUCAACUUUAUUAUAGAGACACGUCAGGGAGCAGCCCCAGGACCACCAGUGAAAUUCGCGGCGCGGUACAAAGUCUGUAGACCCGUGGCUAAAAAGAAAACGUGCUUCCCGAGGCCCUCCGUGGACCGCAGGUUCCGGGGAGGCCACGCCCCGUCCGGCCCCGCGUGGGAGCCGUCGCGGACCCUCCCCGCCACGUUCGCUGAGCAUGCCGGGGCCGUGGCGCCCAGCUUCCCUGGCCCUGCCGCCUCCAUCCUGCCCCAGGCCGUGCGACCCCCAGAGCCCGUCCCCUGUGCAAAUAAAACGGGGUGGAAGUUGAGGGCUCGGUGGACGCGGAGCGUGCGCGGCGAGCCGGAAGUGACGCGCUCCGUGCCCGCGUUUUCCCGCCCUGCCCUUCGCCGGCCGUUCCGCGGCGGGAACCGGGACGAGGCUGCUGUCGGCGGCUACUCCGCGGGGAGGACCCUGCGGCAUCCUCGCCCCAGAGAGGAGCGGCUGAAAGGCCCAGGCAGUGCCCGGGAGCAGGCGAGCCAGGGAGAACAGGCGUCCUACCGGAGAAACUGCAAGGGUGGCCUUCGCUUGCCUCAGCUCCUUGCGCCCGUGAUGUCCCUCCGCCCAAAAUGUGUAGAUGAAGUUGCUUUCCAGGAAGAAGUGGUUGCAGUCCUGAAAAAGUCUUUAGAAGGAGCUGAUCUCCCUAAUCUCUUGUUUUACGGGCCACCCGGAACUGGAAAAACAUCCACUAUCCUGGCAGCAGCUAGGGAGCUUUUUGGGCCUGAACUGUUUCGAUCGAGAGUUCUUGAAUUAAAUGCAUCUGAUGAACGUGGAAUACAAGUAGUUAGAGAAAAAGUGAAGAAUUUUGCUCAAUUAACUGUGUCAGGAAGUCGCUCAGACGGGAAGCCAUGUCCUCCUUUUAAGAUUGUGAUUUUGGAUGAAGCAGAUUCUAUGACCUCAGCUGCUCAGGCAGCUUUACGACGUACCAUGGAGAAGGAGUCUAAAACCACCCGGUUCUGUCUCAUCUGUAACUAUGUCAGUCGAAUAAUUGAACCACUGACCUCUAGAUGUUCUAAAUUCCGCUUCAAACCACUGUCAGAUAAAAUUCAACAGCAGCGAUUACUAGACAUCGCUGAUAAAGAACAUGUCAAAAUUAGCAAUGAGGGAAUAGCUUAUCUUGUUAAAGUGUCAGAAGGAGACUUAAGAAAAGCUAUUACAUUUCUUCAAAGUGCUACUCGAUUAACAGGUGGAAAGGAGAUCACAGAGAAGGUGAUCACAGACAUUGCUGGGGUAAUACCAGCUGAGACAAUCAAUGGACUGUUUGCUGCAUGUCAUAGUGGCUCUUUUGACAAGCUAGAAGGUGCAGUAAAAAAUUUAAUAGAUGAGGGCCAUGCAGCAACUCAGCUUGUAAAUCAGCUUCAUGAUGUGGUUGUAGAAAAUGAGAACCUUACUGACAAACAGAAAUCCAUCAUCACAGAAAAACUUGCUGAAGUAGAUAAGUGCUUGGCGGAUGGUGCUGAUGAACAUCUACAAUUGAUCAGCCUCUGUGCUACUGUGAUGCAGCAGUUAACUCAGAAUUGCUGAAACCUUUGUAAGGUAUUGUUUUUAAAAAAAUAAAAUGACCAAAACACCUUUAAA